AUGUCUAAUCGACGGUGCAAGUAUCCUCUUUCGCUCGCGUUCCGUAUGAUCUCCUUGAAUCAUGCCAAAACAGUGCUAAUAUCCAGUACCAGCAUCCAGGAAUAUGGGUCAAAACUAUCCAUACCCGUGGUCCUCUCCAAGAUCACAGAGAAAUACUCCCCCAAUAUCGUUGCAACCGUCAACUACGAAUAUGACACCAAAAUCGCCCGAACGAAAGGCGACUUCGUUUGGCACUCCCAUCCGGACACAGACGAGUUCUUCUACAUUCUCAGCGGAUCGCUCACGACCAAAGUCGACGGAAAGGAGGGCAACGAAGUCGUGGUGUCAUACCAAGGAGAGAUCUUCACUGUUCCGAAGGGUGUGAGACAGCGACCUGCCGGCGACGCAGAAAUCAUGUUGACCGAAAGAUCUGGUGAGGUGAAUACUGGUGAUGCAAAGAUAUCCGAAUUUACGCGCGAGGUGAACGAUGCCAGGGUUAUUGUUUAG